AAAAAAAUCACGUAGUUACUUUCUUUUAAUUCUUUUUAGAAAAUUCAUAGAAUUUGCUCUGUUUUGGAAAAUGAACAACUUCGUUUAAAAAAAAAACUUGUUUGGGCUUGUCAUCGAUUCAUAGAUGAAUUUGUUUAGGCUAGUUAUAAAUGUCAAGUCGUGAAAAAUUGAGAGAGAAACUUUUAACAUCACCAUUUCAAUGAGUUUCUCAUGAUAAUAUAUAGAAUAGAAUCUUUCUCUAGGGACUUUCUUCAUGAAGCAGUAUGGUGCUACAGUCAUAGAGUAAUUUAAUUCAUGUUCAUGUAAUGCAGAGGAUUUACAAAGAACAAUAAUCAUGAGUGAUAAAGGAUCCCCAAAACACAAAAAGAAUGUUUCCGUCAUCAACCAUAAAUUGGACUCGGAAGAUUCCAAGGCUGCCCGCCAAAGUGACGGAGGUCUACCUAACAUCAACGAAAGACUAGGUCAUUUACGCCCCUCCAGAGAGUUGUUGGAAUAUUACAGGAAAAAAAUCGCAGAAUAUGAUGAAGAACACGAUCACAUGGUCAGCAAACUCGAAGAUUAUCGUGUAACCUAUGAGGAACAGCACAAAUUACAAUGGGAGCUGAGACAGAGAGAAGAAGAAAUCGUGGAGCUUCAGAAAGCACUUAGCGACAUGCAGGUCUAUCUGUUUCAAGAGCGGGAACACGUCUUACGCCUUUACUCUGAAAAUGACAGACUCAAGAUUCGAGAGCUAGAGGAUAAGAAGAAGAUCCAGCAGCUGUUGAGUCUGUCCAGCACCCCUGACAGCGAGACCACAUACUUCAUGAAGGAACCUCCAGCGAAGGCCAUCGUAGAGCAGAAGACCAAGAACAAACGACCCCAGAGUGCUGCUGACAGCAGACAAAACCGAGGAAUAAAAAAGAAACCAGUGCCGUUAUCAGAUCGGCGAGGUUCCAUAGAGGCCAUCCCAGAGCAUAAAUACAAACAUGACAAUGAGUCCCUGGCUCUUCAAGUGGAGGCCCUGCAGUCACAGCUCCAGGAACAGACCAAAUUGGCCAAGGAACAAGUGGAGGCCCUGAUAGAGGACAGGAAAGUGAAGGAAGAGGAAAUGCAGACUAGGAUGGAGAGAGACGAAGCCAAAAUCGCAACACUUACAGAAAAAUUACACAAAACUCAGGAUCUUUUAUACGAGAGCACGAAGGACUUCCUAGAACUGCGUUAUCAGGGUCGAUCCAAUGAGCGUCAGUGGAUGGGAGAGAAGGACAAGCUUCUACGAGACCUAGACCAUGUCAAACUGCAGCUGCACCCUAACAGAGACCCAGUGUUAAACAUGUCUGACGGGGCCCUAGACAGGGCGGGCUGUGUGGAGGAGAUGAAGUCUUUGGAGUACCAGCUGACACAGUCGCAGAGGUUGGCCGAGAUGUACAGAGAACAGGUCAUCCAGCUAGAGGACGAGUUGUCACGGAUACGAGAGGAAGGGGACGUCACCAGGGAAAUUUUCAAAGGUCGAAGUGACAAAAUGACCAAACGUCUUCAGCUCAUGAACCAGAGGUAUCAAGAUCUGGAAAGGAGGCGAAAUCUUGAGGUGGAAGGAUUCAAAAACGACAUCAAAAAUCUCCGCUCGAGGUUAAAGGAUGUAGAGAGGCAGCUGUACAAGGUGACUAUGGGAUUUGCAGAAGACAUGGAUAUGAAACGACCAGAAGACCUAGAUUUGCAGAUACUGAAGAAUGUGCGAGCAACAGCUGGGCGAUCUAAGAAAAUGAUGGGUGAACUGAAAAAUCUCAAAUCCAAAAUGUACGGAAUCGAGAACGACCUGAAACAUUUAUGAUCCACUUUCUGUGAUAUUGGGCUGUGAGGACCAUUCAUAUCCCAAAAGAUUGUAGAUAUCAAAUUCUUCAACUUGGGAAUGAUUUGAAAGGAGGUGAGAUAGGAUCAUCAUUUUUUACGAAAGGCCAGAAUGUUUUUCUUUUUAUUUAACAUCCAAUGCUCCUGGAAGUUUUGGACCACGGUGGUAAAACUGACUUUACCAAUAGUAAUCUGUUGAGAACAAAAGGACUUAAGUUUAUACAUUUAAGUGUAAAUGUGUAUAAAUAGACUGGUUUAAUUAAUUAGGUUAAUUGAGGACAAUACUAGAUCCUGCCUGGUGUGCUAGUUUUUAAGGAAUCUGUAGACAAUAUGUAGGAGAAGUAUGUUAUUUAACACCCAUCAAGGAGUCUCAAUUUCGAUGUGAUAUGAUUUAUACUUUGUAUUCAUUAUUUAUAUGUUGUAGAAUAUAUUUGAAAUAAAUAAAAAAGAAAGUUUG